AUGGCGGACGCAGCGAAAGCCCCUCCUCCUCCUCCCCAGACCAUCUCGAUCCUGGGCGAGCCAAACAUCGUCGUCGACCAUGCGCUGUGGCCCAACUACAUCGUCCAGGACCUGACGCAGAACCUGGCGUCGUCGACGUACGUCCUCAUCACCGACACGAACCUGUUCGACACGUACGUGCCCGCGUUCCAGCAGCGAUUCGAGGCGCACAAGCCGAGCCCGGCGGCGCGGCUGCUCACCUACGCCAUCCCGCCCGGCGAGGCGUCCAAGAGCCGGGAGACAAAGGCCGAGAUCGAGGACUGGCUGCUGUCGCACCAAUGCACGCGGGACACGGUCAUCAUCGCCGUGGGCGGCGGCGUCAUCGGCGACAUGAUUGGCUAUGUCGCGGCCACCUUCAUGCGCGGCGUGCGCUUCGUCCAGGUGCCGACGACGCUGCUGGCCAUGGUCGACUCGUCCAUUGGCGGCAAGACGGCGAUUGACACCCCCAUGGGCAAGAAUCUCGUCGGCGCCUUCUGGCAGCCGCGCCGCAUCUUCAUCGAUCUCGCCUUUCUCGAGACGCUGCCGGUGCGCGAGUUCAUCAACGGCAUGGCCGAGGUCGUCAAGACGGCCGCCAUCUGGGACGAGAAGGAGUUCACCGUCCUGGAGGAGUCGGCGGCCGCUAUCCUGUCCAGCGUGCGCUCCAAGGGCCAGAACCGGCUGCAGCCCAUCAAGGACGUGCUCCGGCGCAUCGUCACCGGCUCCGCGAGAGUCAAGGCCGAGGUUGUCUCGUCCGACGAGCGAGAGGGCGGCCUUCGGAACCUGCUCAACUUUGGCCACUCCAUUGGCCACGCCAUCGAGGCGCUCCUGACGCCGCAGCUCCUCCACGGCGAGGCUGUGGCGAUUGGCAUGGUCAAGGAAGCCGAGCUGGCCCGCUUCCUGGGCGUCCUGCGGCCCGAGGCUGUCGCGCGGCUGGAGAAGUGCAUUGCGUCCUAUGGACUGCCCACCUCGCUCAAGGACAAGCGGGUCGUCAGCCUGACCGCGGGCAAGAAGUGCCCCGUGGAUGUUCUGCUCCAGAAGAUGGCCGUGGACAAGAAGAACGACGGAAGCCAAAAGAAGAUUGUGCUGCUGUCGGCGAUUGGCAAGACUUACGAGGCAAAGGCGAGCUCCGUCGACGACAAGUCCAUUCGCAUCGUCCUGUCCGACUCCAUCGAGGUGUCGCCUGGCAUCCCCGCCGACCUCCGCCUCACCAUCACGCCCCCCGGCUCCAAGAGCAUUUCGAACCGAGCCCUGAUCCUCGCCGCUCUCGGCUCCGGUUCCUGCAGAAUCAAGAACCUGCUGCAUUCGGACGAUACCGAGUACAUGCUCUCGGCCGUCUCGACGCUGGGAGGCACAUCCUACUCGUGGGAGGACGGAGGCCAGGUCUUGGUCGUUCAGGGUAACUCUGGCCAGCUCAAGGCCUCGGACGAGCCCUUGUACAUUGGCAACGCGGGAACCGCUUCUCGCUUCCUGACGACCGUUGCGGCUCUGUGCGCGCCCACGGACACGGCGACCACCACGGUUCUCACCGGCAACGCGAGGAUGAAGCUCCGGCCCAUCGGCCCCCUUGUCGAUGCCCUGCGGACCAACGGGGUUGCCAUUGACUACCUGGAGCGGGAAAAGAGUCUUCCCCUCCGAAUCAAUGCUUCCAACGGCCUUGAGGGAGGCGAAAUCGAGCUUGCGGCAACUGUUUCCUCCCAGUACGUGUCGUCCAUCCUCAUGGCGGCCCCCUAUGCCAAGAAGGCCGUCACUCUGCGAUUGGUGGGAGGCAAGCCCAUUUCCCAGCCGUACAUUGACAUGACCAUUUCCAUGAUGAAGUCGUUUGGCAUUCAUGUCACUCCCUCAGCCACCGAGCCAGACACCUACCAUAUCCCCCAGGGCGUCUACCAGAACCCGGCCGAGUACACUGUUGAAAGCGACGCCAGUUCGGCCACGUAUCCGCUCGCGGUGGCUGCCAUUACCGGAACCACUUGCACCAUCCCCAACAUUGGAUCUAAGUCUCUGCAGGGCGACGCCCAGUUCGCCGUCAAGAUCCUCGAGCCCAUGGGCUGCGAGGUCCACCAGGAUGACUACACCACGACCGUCACGGGGCCCAAGUCCGGAAACCUCAAGGCUCUGCCCAGCGUGGACAUGACGACCAUGACGGAUGCCUUCCUCACGGCCACGGUCCUGGCAGCAGUGGCCGAGGGCACCACGGAGAUCACCGGGAUUGCCAACCAGCGGGUCAAGGAGUGCAACCGUAUCCUGGCGAUGAAGGACCAGCUGGCCAAGUUUGGCGUUGUCUGCAACGAGCUCGAGGACGGCAUCCAGAUCGUCGGCAAGCCCAGGGAAAGCCUGACGGCGCCCAAGGAGAGCAUCCACUGCUACGACGACCACCGCGUUGCCAUGAGCUUCAGCGUCUUGUCGCUCGCCGCUCCGGGCCCUGUCCUGAUUACCGAGCGGGAGUGCGUCGGCAAGACCUGGCCUGGCUGGUGGGACGUCCUCUCUCAGCAGUUCAAGGCGAACCUGGAGGGCGUGGACACUGAAAGCAGCCGUGAGACCAAGCCCAAGGCCCCCGCCAGCAUCCAGCGCUCCAUCUUCGUCGUUGGCAUGCGAGGCGCCGGAAAGACGACUGCCGGCAAGUGGGUUGCAAAGACGCUCGGCUGGAAGUUUAUGGAUCUGGACCACGAGCUCGAACGACGGGCCGGCAAGACGAUUCCCGAGAUGAUUGCUGGUCCCCGAGGCUGGGAAGGGUUCCGAGAGGACGAAGUGGCCCUCUUGCGCGACGUCAUCGCGGCUCACCCCAACGGCUACGUGUUCUCGUGUGGCGGAGGACUCGUCGAGACUCCCGCUGCCCGAGAGCUCCUCAAGUCGUACGGCGCCAAUGGCGGCCUUGUGCUGCUCGUCCAGCGGGAUACCGACCAGGUGGUCGACUAUCUCAGCCAGGACAAGACGAGGCCGGCGUACACCAACGAAAUCAGGGAGGUCUACGAGCGCAGGAGACCGUGGUACAGGGAGUGCAGCAACUUCCUCUACUACAGCCCUCACUCGCAGGGCUCUGCUUCGGUGGCUGAAGCGGAAAUCCCGGAGGACUUCACCCGUUUCGUUUCGGUCAUCUCUGGAAAGUCCAAGACGCUCGAGGCGGUCUCCAAGAAGAAGCACAGCUUUUUCGUCUCGCUGACGCUGCCUGAUCUCAAGGACGCCGUCGACAUCUUGCCUCGGGUCACCGCCGAUUGCGAUGCCGUGGAGCUCCGCGUGGAUCUCUUAAAGGACCAGCAGCCGCAGGCCGUGAUGAAGCAGGUGUCUCUGCUCAGGCAUGUUACGGGCAAGCCCAUCAUCUUCACCGUGCGAAGCGAGUCCCAGGGCGGCAAGUUCCCCGAUGGCAACAACGAGCUGCGCCUUGCGCUCUACCGCCUGGCGCUCCGCAUGGGCGUUGAGUAUCUCGACCUGGAGGUGACGCUGUCUGAUGAGGUGCUUCAGCAGGUGCGAGAGUCACGAGGGCACACAGUCAUCAUCACCUCUCACCACGAUCCCGCCGGCGCGCUGUCGUGGAAGAAUGCCUCGUGGAUCUCUGCCUACAACAGAGCUCUACAGUAUGGCGACGUGAUUAAGCUGGUGGGCACCGCUCGCAGCAUCGAGGACAACUUUGACCUGAUACGGUUCAAGUCGAGAAUGCUGGCGGCCCAGCCCACGCCAAUCAUUGCGCUCAACAUGGGCUCAGCUGGAAAGCUCAGCCGUGUCCUCAACGGCUUCCUGACGCCCGUCUCGCACCCUGCCCUGCCCUUCAAGGCUGCCCCCGGACAGCUUUCCGCGGCCGAGAUCCGCCAGGCCCUGUCCCUGCUGGGCGAGAUUGAGCCAAAGAGCUUCUACCUGUUCGGCAAGCCGAUCAGCAAGUCGCGAUCGCCCGCUCUUCACAACACCCUCUUCGGCCAGGUCGGCCUGCCGCACGAGUACAAGCGUCUGGAGACGGACAAGGUGGAGGAUGUCGUCGAGGUGCUGCGCAGUGCCGACUUUGGCGGUGCAUCGGUCACGAUCCCGCUGAAGCAGGACAUUAUGGCACACCUCGAUGACUUGACGGAGGCGGUCAAGAUCAUUGGCGCCGUCAACACUGUGAUUCCCACGGCCGACGAGUCCUUGGGCGGCCGCCAGAGACUGACCGGCGACAACACGGACUGGAAGGGCAUGGUCCACGUGCUCCGCAGCGCCGGCGUCAAGGCGCAGAGCGGCGAUGCCAGUGCUGUCGUCGUUGGAGCCGGAGGCACGAGCCGCGCUGCCAUCUUUGCGCUGCAUUCGCUGGGCUUCAAGCCCAUCUACGUCGUCGCCCGGGAUGCCAGCAAGGCGCAGGGCCUCGCGUCGAGCUUCCCGGCCGAGUACGGCGUGCAGGUUGUUGCGAGCGCUGCCGAGGCCGAGGCCAUCGCCAGCAAGCCCAUUGUCAGCAUCAGCACCGUCCCUGCCGACAAGCCGAUUGACGCGGCCGUCGAGGAGAUUCUCGGCGCCGUGUUCAAGGCGGCGGCGGCUUCUGACAACGUCCAGGGCCAUAGCCGGGUUCUUCUCGAGAUGGCUUACCAUCCUCCGCGCACUCCUGUGAUUCAGAUUGCGGAAAAGGCGGGUGACUGGAAGACGAUUACCGGACUCGAAGUUCUUGCUGCUCAGGGCUGGUAUCAGUUUGAGACUUGGACUGGUAUCAAGCCGCUGUUCAGCGAUGCGCUUGAGGCGGUCAUUGGUAAGGAGUAG